GAGAAAUGAAAGGAAAAGAAAAACAAGGUGAAACGAACCGACAAGAUCAAGACUCUGUCUGUCUGGAGGGGUGGGGUGAGGUGAGGUAGAUUAGAUCGAUCGAUCGAGUGAGUGUAAAUGGGGAAGAAAGCGGUGUUGAUAGGGUGCAACUACCCAGGGACGAAGGCAGAACUGAAGGGAUGCGUAAACGACGUCAGGAAGAUGCACAGUUGCCUCGUGGACAAGUACGGCUUCUUGGAGGAGGACAUAACGGUGCUCAUCGACAACGACGAUUCUUACACCCAGCCCACCGGCCGCAACCUCCGUCGAGCCCUCUCCGAUCUCCUCCGAUCCGCUGAGCCCGGUGACUUCCUCUUCGUCCACUACAGCGGCCACGGCACUCGUCUCCCCGCCGAGACUGGCGAAGACGACGACACCGGCUACGACGAGUGCAUCGUCCCUACUGACAUGAAUCUCAUCACCGAUGAUGAUUUCCGGGAGUUUGUAGACAAUGUACCGGAAGGUUGCCGCCUUACUAUUGUAUCUGACUCUUGCCAUAGUGGCGGCCUUAUUGAUGAGGCCAAAGAGCAAAUUGGGGAGAGUACCAUGCAUUCUCGCGAGGGCCAGGAAUCUGAAUCUGCAUCGGGCUUUGGAUUUAAAAGCUUCUUGCAUAAAACCGUGGAGGAUGCAUUUGAGUCCCGUGGAAUAAACCUACCUUCAGGAUUGCGCCACCACCACAAUCGGCACCAGGAAGAAAAUUUUGAGGAUAGAGAAGUUGAAGGAGGAGGAUACGGGGAUUGGGGGUAUUUCAAGAACAAAUCUUUGCCUCUCUCAACUCUGAUCGAGAUACUCAAGCAGAAAACUGGUAAGGAUGACAUUGACGUUGGCAAGCUGAGGCCAACUCUUUUUGACGUCUUUGGUGAAGAUGCCAGCCCCAAGGUUAAGAAGUUUAUGAAGGUGAUCAUGAACAAACUCCAGGAACAUGGCAGCGGUGGGGGCAACGGUGAAGGUGGUGGAUUGAUGGGGAUGGUUGGAAAUCUGGCUCAGGAGUUCCUCAAGCAAAAGCUAGAUGUAAACGAUGAAGACUAUGCAAAACCUGCUCUAGAAACACAAGUGAGCAGAAAGCAAGAGGUUUAUGCGGGGGCAAGUGGGCGGGCUCUUCCUGACAAUGGUAUUCUGAUCAGUGGCUGCCAAACUGAUCAAACUUCUGCAGAUGCUAGCCCGUCUGGCAAUGCUGAUGAAGCUUAUGGGGCUCUUAGCAAUGCAAUUCAGACCAUAAUUGCUGAAACUGAUGGCACAGUUACUAAUCAGGAGCUUGUAUUGAAGGCAAGGGAGAUGUUGAAGAGCCAGGGUUUCACACAGCGUCCAGGCCUCUAUUGCAGUGACAAUCAUGUUGAAACUUCUUUUGUGUGCUGAUGACGGAUAGUCUACUAAUAAUGCAAGGCAGAUGAGUGAUUAGGAAAUAUCCAGUUACUUCUGGGCUUUGUGUGGUGUGGUGGUGUAAACUCUCUUUUUUUUCGUCCUCUUUGAGUGGAUCGUGUGUUUGUAUAAUUGCUUUAUGUUUGGUGUAUGAGCAACAAUUUCUGAACCAAAAUCUGCUGUCAUGUAUUUCAGCGAUACUUGACCGUGAUGUUGUGUUGUGAUUGCAGUACUGCGAUUGUGGCAA